AUGACCAUCUCAGUUGAAUCUACAUCCAACGGCAGCGCCAAGGCCGCCUCCCACUCUCGUCUCUACUCCUCCGGCUCGCUAGACGGCUUCAAAUCCACCGUCCUCACCCCAGUCAUUGGAAACGAGUUCCCUAAGGGCUCCAUAAACAUUGUCAACGACAUCCUCAACGCCCCAAAUGCCGAGGAGCGGAUCCGCGAUCUCGCUAUUCUGAUUGCCGAACGCGGCGUCGUCUUCUUCCGCGCCCAGGACAAUUUAACGAAUGAGCUCCAGAAGAAACUGAUUCUCAGACUUGGCGAGCUCACUGGCCGUUCAAAGGAACACGGCCUGCACAUCCACCCGGUGGUCAACGAUGCGCGGGAAUUCGGGGACCCCGAUCCCCAGAUCAGCACGAUCAACAGUCUGGAACGGAAGAAGCUGUACAAGGGGGCCUACGGCAACCUCGCUGCCAUCUGGCACAGCGACAUCAGCUUCGAGAAGGCGCCGAGUGACUUCUCUGCGCUGCGAUUGACCCUGCUUCCACCGACGGGUGGAGAUACCCUCUGGGCGAGCGGAUACGAGCUGUACGAUCGAAUCAGCAAGCCGUACCGGGCGUUCCUCGAGACGCUUACUGCCAGACACUCAGGAGAUGGGUUCCAUCGUGCGGCGCAGGCCGGAGGGUUCGGCCUAUAUGAGAAACCUCGAGGAUCGCCGUUGAAUGUGGGGAGUGAGUUGACGAGUGACCAUCCGGUCGUGCGGACGAAUCCGAUUACUGGGUGGAAGAGUAUCUUUCCGGUUGGAACGGAGCUGAUCGCUGCGACAGGAACGUUCCCCAAGAAAGUCAACGGCCUGAGUACCCGCGAGAGCGAGAACCUAUUGAAAUACUUCCACGACUUGAUUACCUACGGCCAUGACCUGCAGGUGCGGUUCAAAUGGAAUGAGCCGAAUGAUAUCGCCAUCUGGGACAACCGCAGCGUCUUCCACACAGCCACAUUUGACUAUGACGGGAUCGGCGAGCGGAGCGGAAACCGUGCCGUGGGCAUCGGCGAGGUGCCCUACUUCGACCCGGAAAGUAAAUCACGGCGGGAGGACCUGGGGAUUGAGGACCAGCUGUCGCCGGUGCAUUUGUGA